UGAAGUGAUUAUGGUAGAGCCGAGAGUUUUCCGAUCUGUGUUGGCGGAGCCCUGGAGCUCCAUUUAGACAGACUGAUUGAACAAAUUGAAAACCAAUUAUACGUCAAUUAAAGUGCUUUUACCAUCAUUUGCCGCGUAUACCCAGCACGAACUCCAGUGGAAAACACUUCGCCUUGGGAGAUUAAAGAAAGAGCACCAGAAUGGAUACGCCCGACGACAGCUACGACGAAAUCAUGGCGCAGGCCGGUAACGAUGGCAAAUUUCAGAGGCGCUACAAUCUGCUCUUCAACUUCGGUGCCAUCUGCUUUGCCUCCAUGUCGUACAUGAGCAUAAUCCUGGCGCUCAACAAGCCGCCCCACAACUGCUUCGUGCCGGGCAUGGAGCAGUACAACAUUACCGAUGCAAAUCUCUGGAAAAACCUCACGUUACCCAGAGAGACGGAUAACCGGGGCCAACUAGGGUACAGCAAGUGUCAGAUGUACAACAUCACCGAGCAGCAUCUGCAGCGUCACUACUCGGAAUGGAGCUUUGCAAGCAGCGACAUCAUCGACUGCGCCUAUGGCUACGAGUACGAUCGAACGUACUACGACCGGACGCCCAUCACCGAGUACGAUUGGAUCUGCGACAAGGGCUUCCGGGAGACGAACAUUUUCAUCUACAAUCGAUUGGGCGAACUUUUCGGCACAGUCAUCUUUGGCCAUCUCGGCGACACAUUAGGCCGCCGGCCGGUGUUCUACCUGAGCAUACUGAUCAUUACGGUUGGCCGGCUGGUUUCGAUGUUUACCGCCGCCUACUACGUCGUGUUUUGCAUCGCGGCCGUCGUCGGCAGCCUGACGGCACACUCCAUCUUCCAGGCACCUUUGAUCAUCGCCAUGGAGAUAUCGAAGAGUGAACGACGCGGCCACAUUUCGAUGAUGCAGUGCAUCGGCUGGACGACCGGGCUGUGCAUUCUGCCGAUGGUGUUCUGGGCCACCAAGGACUGGUUCUGGGCGCUGCUGAUUGUAACGAUGCCGAUCGUGCUGUUCAUGUUCAUACCGAGCUACACAAUAGAGUCACCCCGAUGGCUUGCAACACGCGGAAACUACCGCGAGGCAAUGGUGCAGUUCCGCAAAAUUGCAACCAUCAACGGCAUCCGGGAGCUGGCGUUCGAUGAGCGUGUGCUGGAAAAGCGUCUAGCCAACCAUCGAACCGACAAGGUGUACGGACUCGCCUCCCUGUUCAACGGCUGGCGGAUGGCGAAAAACACGAUGCUAGUUAUCCUGUGCUGGACGGUGUGCAGCGUGACGUACUUCACGCUGGUGCUACUAAGCUCACGCAUGGAUGGCAACCCGUUCCUUAACUUCAUGUACCAGGGGCUGAUCGAGGUGCCGGCAGCCUUUGCGGGACAGCGUGCGGCCGACCGCUUUGGACGGCGAGCAACGAACGCGAUGGCUCUGUGCUGUGCCACCGCGGUCUGUCUCGUACUGGUGCUGAUUGUGCGCGAUCCGGCCAACGAAAUGGCGGCCACGGUACUGACCACGUUCGUCAAGUUUUGCAUCAGCAUCACGUUCUUCGGCGUUAACCUGCAGUCGAUCGAGAUCUAUCCGACCUGUCUGCGGCAAACGGGCAUGGCGGUCGGUACGAUCGCGGCCACCAUCUUUGGUAUCGUUGGCCCGUACGUGGUUCACCUCGGCACCGAGUACGACGUGCGCUACCCGUUCCUGGUGAUGGGACUUUCGUCCGCCGUCGGCAUACUGGCGGCCCUCUUCCUGCCGGAAACGCUGCACCAAUCGCUACCGAACACGAUCGAGGAGGCGCAAAAGUUUGGCAAAAAUCAACGCUUCUGGUCGCUACCGAAAGCACCCCAGGUUACUCGGGAGGCGGAUAGUAACACCGACAAGCGCCACGACGGUUCCGAUGCAAAGCCAGAGGAAUCGAUUCGGCUGACAGUACCCAUCGAAGCGGAGGAGGCUGUUGGAAGAAAAUAAAAACACGCACACCCGCGGUUUGUUCCAUUUUCAGCGAGCAAAAUCAA